AUGAGCAGGUUGCAAGCCUCUAGUCCCAUGAGUUUCUGGGAGAACUUUCGUUCUCCCGCCUCCUGGCCAAAAACUCCUUCCGGAUAUCCGAACACUGCUGGAACUACAGCGAGCAUUGCUAUUAUUAAAAACGGAAAAAUCUACACUGGCCAUGUGGGCGAUUCUGCGAUUAUCUUGUUCAAACGAUCAUAUCUCAAGGACAAUUCCGAGAACCUUGUUCCUCUUAGGCUAACGGUAGAUCACAAGCCUGAAAGUGAAGUUGAACAGGCUAGGAUCCGUAAGGCAGGGGGAUCGGUGGCUUUAAAACGUGUUGUAUGGACUCGUCCCCUCAAGCAUUAUCUAAAUGCCGUUACGCGCGGUACGCCUACGGAGAGUAUUCCCGUUCUUGCGGUGUCUCGAAGUUUAGGUGAUAUAUGGUCCUUCUGUGAAGAUACCAAAGAAUUUACUGUGUCUCCGGAACCUGAUUUGGCGGUUCGAGAAAUAACUCCCGAAGACGUAUGUCUUGUCCUCGCAUCUGACGGUCUGACAAAUGUUCUUGGACCAAAUGAGACUGCUGCAAUCAUAGAUGAAGAAGAAUGUAUCACUCAGCUAGGUGUUAACAGAUGUGAAGAUUUAGUUUAUCGUGACAAGCACACCAACUUGGCUAGAGUUCUGGUGGCAACUGCAAUACGUAAGUGGAAAAAUCAUAUAGCCGACAACGUCACAGCUAUAACCGUAACUUUCGAUGCGCCAUAUAUCGACUUGCCACCGGAUCACCCUUGCGUGGAAAAAUAUAUUGAGAACAACGUUUCAAUCGACAAAGUAUUUGUCGACGACCCUCAAACUGUGAUUAGGAUCUCUCCAUCCGCUUCACUAAAACUUCGAACAUACCGGACUCCUAUUGUUUACAAAGGCGCUAGAGAUCCGCACUUCUCAGUCGUCGAAUACAGUGGGCCAGGAUUCCUGACACACACUGAAGAACGUUUAUUAGAAGAACGAUAUCGCGUAAAGAAAUCCAACGGAUGUGAUGAUCGAAUCAAGCCGACUAGAUCCGAUACACCUAAGCUGAUCGAGAGUGAUGAGGAAACAGUAGUCAUCAGCGCUGAGAUAAAAACAACUCCCAAAGCUGUUGAUAUAGAGGAAGGUAGGAACGAAAAUGAAGAGAUGCAACCAGCUCCGAUGUCGCAAGGAACCAAUAAGGACUGUUCAAGCCCAUCUCACACUCUCGGUGUUGCGGUUCGACGUGCAUCAACGACACGUACCAGAAGAGGACCGUGUCGAUCAAUUUGUGUUAACGUGGAGGAUAAGGUAAUUACUCCGUCGGGAUCGGUCGACAUAAAGAUACGUUCCCCGACUCCGCGGAGUGUUACGAAAAAAAGAGUUAUUCCGGUACCACAAAUCCGAAAAGAAAACGAUCCACCACUUACACCUACCCCAUUGACCGGCACUCGAAAGAGAUCACAUCGUGUGCAUACUUUGGAUUCUGAAAGUAGUACACCUAUCGUUCUUCCUCUUAAUCUGGAUAGAGCCCGAUGGAACUCAUCAGAUUUAAAUGAUACAGGGUCCAGUGCUGUUCCACCAAAGGUGAGAAGUGCGCCAUCAACACCUUCUAAAGCAUGCAGUAGCUCUUUUACCAUAGGAAGCAAAUGGUCGUUGUCGAAAUUGGAUAGAAAGACUGCACUGAAGGAGGAGUCAUCGGGAGCUUUGGAAGUCAACUCAAAUGCUAAGGCAUGCAUAUUCGGACCUUGA